AUGCCCUUACCUCUACCUUCGAGUUUUGCCUCUGCCGCGGCAGGCAUCAACCAGGAUUCAAAGAAAGAUGGCGGUAUUAGCGGAGAAUGGACACGGUCUCGCAUGAAUGGAGCAACGCAAACCUUCCGCCGCCCCUCUGUCGCAACGAAUUUAUCGCACAAUCGUGACCAACUUGUCACUGCGUCUACUCCUACCUCUGCCGCAUACAUUCCUCCCCAUAUGAGUUCCAGCUACCAGUCUCGCAAUGGUUCAGCUGGUGACAGCCGAUACUCCAAGGAAGACCUUCUAAAUAUUUUUAGAGGCCAGCGAGAUUCUGGAGCAUUGGGAAAGCAGAUGGGUGACCAUUUUCUCGCAUCUUGGAACCCUCUCGAAGAGACUCCAGCUACGAAUGGUACUUGGGGGAAGAAAGAGGACCAGAAAGAAUCCCCUCCGGGCCCCGAAGUCUGUUGGGAUCAUCUUGGACGCCACGAACCGCUGGGGUUAAUAGACAUGACUGAGGAUGAACGCGAGUUAUUCACGACGACCGUUAAUUCUCCCUUGAAGCCUCCACCAUCAAGUGCCUCCAAGGAUAACACUGCUGGUGUGGGCGGACGCAAGGCAUCCAUCUCACAUUCUACGUCGUACAACACGUCAUCUCCAAGUGCAGCCCGCCCUGGCACCCGACGUCGAGAAACUCAAGACUCCACCGGUAAUCCAAUGUCUCCAACAGGCGGUUCACGUUUUUUCCGAGAGGAACCUAGUACAACCACCCCUCCCCCGUCACUUUUGCGCCGCAAAACUGAUCUCCGUGAUACAACGUUGACUACGAAGCCUUUGGAAGAAAAAGAGAAACCCAAGGAUUACGCUGAAAUAUCUUCGCCGUUUGGCUCCUUGAAACGUAGCGCAACGAACCCAGUUGUCAGUGGUUUAGCUGGGCCCCCUUCUCCAUGGACAUCGGCUUCUCAAACCGCGAAUCUUUCUCCGAUGGGUGCAUUCGGUAGCUUUUCAAUUGGUGCCUCCAAUCCGCAAACCACAACAUCCGCCACUGAGAAGAGACCUGGUUUUGGUAGUGUUCGGGGCGAAAGCAGAUUCAAAGGAUUGCUUUCAAAAGAUAGCUCAGAAGACGUUGGGUUGUUAGCCAAGGAGAAGGGCUUACCGAAGGAAAUUGAUCGUCUUACCGAAGAUGAGGGAGUCAGUCGUUCGCAGUCGCCAUGGAAUGAGCCUCUUAAGACCCGUGCCACUCGCAGUGAAACAAAUCCAUUCGAUGAACCUCGUAGUGGCAGUGCUGCUCUUGGUGGCUCCGAAGAAGUUGGAUCUAAUGUAGACGAAAUCGGCUUCGGUGCAUUUGGUAUGACCGCCGGAGUCCCUGGCUUACGAGACUUACUCGGUCGUGGGGACGGUGUUCGUGAUUCUCCAAGUCAUCUUCAGGGUUUAGAGCCAACUAGUCCGACGAACACCAAUCCUUAUCAGAGCCCACGAGGCGAGAAGGUCGAUGACGACGUGGAUACUGACGGAUCUGACGUGCAGCGAAGUCAGCAUCCGGGCCUGAGUGGGCUCCGCGAUGAUUCCACCGCUCCUCCAUUCGGCUCCAUCCGGCGUGGCGGAUCUGCUCUAGAUAUGUCGACGGGUGACCGUAGUCAAACUUCUAGCGUGGGCCCUAGCAGAGGGUUUUCCAACCUUGGCGGAUUGGGCGCUCUUCCUGGUAUAGGGGGUGGAGCAGCAUGGCCUUCUGCUGGGGCAAUUGGUACACCAACACGAGAACGACCAGCUUUCAGUGGAUUUGGUGAUCCCAUUUUCGGUUCCAUGGGUGAAAUACAGUCUCCAAGUCUUUCUACUCUUGGCGGAGGCGGUUUCUUCGGCUCACACGCAGGACUCAGUGGGACUGGAAGCAUCGGCAGAGCGAGUAAAAUGGGUUCUCUGUUUUCAUCUAUGCAAGAGCAUGUCCAGAGUGAAGCCGGACGACAAGAGGAUCUGACUAGGUCACAAGAACUGAAAGCUUCCGUGUCAACGCCUUCACAAGCUCCAGCUACCUCUGCUGGUAGUGCGCUGCCAACGCCUUUAGCUACUUCAUCAGAUGGUCUGCAAGGCCAACAAAACGCCUCCAUUGGUAGCUCGAAUACCCUACCAGCCGCUCAACAGAGGACCAUGGUCAUGCCUGACCGUAUGCGAUGGAUCUAUCGUGAUCCACAGGGCAACAUUCAAGGGCCUUGGUCAGGAUUGGAAAUGCAUGAUUGGUUUAAAGCAGGAUUCUUCACCGCGGAACUUCAGGUCAAGAAGCUAGAAGAUCCCGAAUUUGAGCCUCUGGCACAGCUUGUUCGUCGCAUUGGAAACUCGCGUGAGCCAUUCCUCGUGCCUCAAAUAGGUAUACCUCACGGCCCCGAGCCCAAUCAAGCAGCAGCCUGGGGUGGUUCCUCACAACCUGGGACUGCUCAGCCGCCGUUUGCAAACAGUUUCCCGACUUUCGGAACAACGCUCACCGCGGAGCAACAGAAUGCACUGGAGCGGAGAAAGCAGGAAGAGCAAUAUCUCAUGGCUAGACAAAAAGAACAUCUUGCUCAGCAGCAGGCUAUGAUGAAACAAAUGCAACUGCAGGGUGGACCGCCUCAGCUUCAGCAUCAUUCAAGCGCUCAUAGUUUGCACAGCCAGCCAAGUUUCGGUAGUAUCACUUCCCCCACAGGUGGUUACCAGCAAUCUCCAAUUCAAGGACCCAUUCAGCCUCCACAGACAAUGCCAGGAUACUUUGAUGCACCGUUUAGGCAGAAUGCCCUUCCUCUCGGUCCCCAAAUGCUCGGAACAGACUUUGGCUCACACGAUGAACUCCCAGGGUUCCUUGAUCGUCUGAAUAUUAAUCGCCCUGGUCCCUUCCCCUUGAACACCCAGGGUUCGUUUAGUGGACGUCAGCAAGAAGCUGGCCUACACCCACAGCAGAUCAGCUCGGUAUUGCAGGAUCGUGCCCGUCUUCAACAGGAGCAGGAGCAAUAUGAUAAAACGCAUCCAGACAGCCUUUUUGAACAGCAAGCACGUGAUGAACGUCUCCGUCAAUUUCAUGCACUUCGUUCAGAUGACGAUGAGGCCUUGCUGAGAGCCAAUGAAGGAUUACCAUCCCAUGCUACGUCUGCCUUGACACAGCAGGUUGAAACUACUCAGACGCAAGAGGAGGAUGAAUCGGUCCAGCAAGAGCUCGAGACAUCCACCAAUGAACCUCUCUCUCUUUCGCAACAAGUGCAAAAGGCAGCCACUGCGCAGAGACAACAACAGCAACAGCAGAAACAAGCUCAAGCCGAAGCUGCGUGGGCAGCAAAGGGCGAUCCGGGCAUUCCCCAUCCUUUCCCACCCCCUCCAUCCUCGUCCCCUCUUCCAGCGCCAGCAGCCCAGAGAAACCGUCAACAUGUGGCCGAUGCUCUUGCUGCUACGUCGCGUUCUCAGAACCAGACACCCGUCGAAACUCCAUCCACUUCUAUAGCUCCUUGGGCUAAAGACAGCAUUGAGGCGCCAAAGGGACCAUCUCUGAAAGAGAUCCAGGAAGCAGAAGCCCGCAGUGCUGCUCAGCGUGAAGAACUUGCAGCGCAGGCUCGUCGUGCCCAACUCUUGGCUGAACAGGAACGGCUAUCGCAAGCUCAGCAGGCAGCUGCACCUGGAUUGCCAUCAACAGCCAAUUGGGCCAGCAGUGCGACUCCAGUUACACCUAGCUCUGCAAGUUCCGUUUGGUCCAAGCCCGUUGCGAAAGCCACUGGCACCCCUGCAAAGACUCUUGCCCAAAUUCAGAAGGAAGAGGAAGCACGCAAACAGAAAUUGGCUCAAGUUAGCGCUGUCCAGCCUACAGUAACCACCACUACCACUGCCACCGCCGCUGGUAAGCGCUAUGCGGACCUCGCCGGUAAAGGAGCUGCGUCACCAGCAUCGACAGGCUCUGGUGCCUGGACUACCGUUGGCGUAGGCGGCAAAGCGAAAGCACCACUAAUUGCUCCAGUUGGACCUCGCUCUACUAGCGCUACCAUUGCCACUCCUCCAGCAGCAAAGCCGAGGCCCGUAGCCCCUGUUAGAACUUCUACUGUUGGCACCACGCCAGCCACGAACCCCAACCGCGCUAACGAAGAGUUUACCAAGUGGGCUAAGAUCACGUUAGGCAAGGGUCUUAACAGUGGAAUAAUCGUGGACGAUUUUGUGCAACAACUGCUCUUCCUUCCCGCCGAGGCAGAAAUCAUUUCUGAUUCUGUGUACGCCAAUUCUCAGACCUUGGAUGGCCGUCGUUUUGCCGAGGAAUUCAUUCGCCGUCGCAAGCUCGCGGACAAGGGAAUUGUUGAUCCUGUCAGCACCAGUGCAUUUACGGACCCGAAAGCUGCUUCCGGUGGCUGGAGUGAGGUUGCUAAGAAGUCUUCAAGCCAAGCUAAACAAGAGGAAGAUGCCAGUGCUGCAUUCAAGGUUGUUGCUGGCAAGAAGAAGGGCAAGCGGUAA